AUGGAUCAUAAUAAUAGUAGUACUGAAUGUAAAAAAUUAUUAUCCUAUAUAAUGAGUAUUGCUGGUGAUUGUCGUUUAAUGAUUGUACAUAUAACAUCACGUGAAGAAGUUGAAAAAUAUCGUGAACAAUAUCAUAUGAUGAGUGAAGUUGAUCUUGAAAUUCGAAAAGCUAUUGAUGAAGUUGGUAUCAAUGCAGAGAAUUCGGAAUUCUCAUGGGUUGCGGAAUUAACACCGAUGAUUGAACGGAAUUUAUUUGCUAGCGUACAUGCUUAUGAAUACGCAAUAAAAGUCGUGUGA